AUGUUGAAUAUUUUCAGCAGUGACAUGCACUUCUUCGACGACCUGGACCCGCGUCUGGGACUCCACGCGGGCCUGCUCAAGCCGGACGGGUCGUCGUCCGCCUCGUCGUCGCCCUCCCCGUCCUCGUCGUCGUCCUCGUCCCGCCACCAGAACCGGGCGGACGAGGACGAGCACGUACGCGCCCCCAGCGGCCACCACCAGGCGGGCCGCUGCCUGCUGUGGGCCUGCAAGGCCUGCAAGAGGAAGACCACCAACGCGGACCGCAGGAAGGCCGCCACGCUGCGGGAGCGCCGCAGACGCAAGGUCAACGACGCCUUCGAGACCCUGAAGCGGUGCACGUCCGCCAACCCCAACCAGAGGCUGCCCAAGGUGGAGAUCCUGCGCAACGCCAUCAGCUACAUCGAGUCCCUGCAGGCGCUGCUGCGGGGCGGACACGACGACCAGUACUACCCGGUCAUGGAGCACUACAGCGGGGACUCGGACGCCUCCAGCCCCCGCUCCAACUGCUCGGACGGCAUGACAGACUUUAACGGAGCGGGCUGUGCGUCCAACAGGAGGACGACUUCUUUUUUUAACAACACACCCAGCGGCGGCGUGAAGGCGGAGCGCGGCUCGGUGGUCUCCAGCCUGGACUGUCUGUCCAGCAUCGUGGAGCGCAUCUCUACAGACGCCGGCGGCCCGGCAGCACCGGGGUCGCCGCCGGCCGAGACCCAGGCGGCGGCCGAGGCCUCCACCCCCGAGCCCGCCGCUCAGGUGCCGUCCUCGACGGGCACGCACGACCCCAACCUCAUCUACCAAGUCCUAUAGACCGCCCCUCAACCAAGUCCCUACUUCCUCUUCCUGUUUGUGGCAGACAUAUUUAACCUGUUUUCUUUUGUUGCUGCUAAUAAUCAAGGAAGAAAACUGGCUUUUUUUCAGCCAAUAACUUCUCCUGUUGGACGAGCUUCAAGGCGCCUGAUUCAUGUUUAGGCUGAACAUUAAUUAACUGAACAUGUUUAAAUUUCAUAUUUAAGCUGAAUAUUAACUCACUGAACAUUUUUAAGUUUCAUAUUUAAGAUUAAUAUUAAUUACCUGAACAUGUUUAAGUUUCAUAUUCAAGCUGAAUAUUAAUGAAUUGAACAUGUUUAAUUUUCACAUUUCAGCUGAAUAUUAACUUACUGGACAUGUUUAAGUUUCAUAUUUAAGCUGAGUAUUAAUUGACUAAACAUGUUUAAGUUUCUUAUUUAUUGACUGAACAUGUUUAAGUUUCAUAUUUAAGCUGAAUAUUA